AUGCGCGUUGCUAUUAUUGGAGCUGGAGCAGCUGGAUUAGCGUCCUUGAGGCACGCCAAAGAAUACGGAUUCGAUUGUGACGUUUUCGAAAUGAGAGAAAACUUAGGAGGCACAUGGAUUUAUACCGACGACGUGGGGACCGACAGAUUCGGAUACCCUGUAUAUUCCGCGAUGUAUAAAGGACUCAGAACCAACCUGCCCAAAGAAGUCAUGGGGUUCCCAGAUUUCCCGAUUCCAGAACAGAACAAAUCAUAUCUGACACAGGCUGAAAUUCUCGACUUCCUGAAUCUAUAUGCCGAUAGAUACAAUCUGAGAAAUUUCAUCAAGUUCAACUCGAUCGUCUCGGAAAUCCGGCCGCUCAGCACCAACUCCUGGCAACUCACCUACAUUCAAAAACCCACCCACGAGAAAACCACCGCCACCUACGAUGCCGUCAUGGUCUGCAACGGCCACUACAACGAUCCGGUCGUGCCGGAGAUACCCGGAGAAGAGAUCUUCCGGGGCGAGAUACAACACAGUCACACUUUCCGGUCGCCGGAGCCCUACGAGGGAAAGAGGGUGUUGGUGGUGGGGGCGGGACCUUCCGGGUUGGACAUCACGCUGCAACUUUCCAAAGUCGCGUCAGAGGUCGUAUUCAGUCACCAUUCCCCGGAAGCAAGAAACACUUGUUUCCCAUCCAACGUUCAACAGAGGCCGGACAUCAAACAGGUCGUCAGUGAAAAUUCCAUAGAAUUUGUUGACGGUACUUGUUGUUGUUUCGACGCCAUAAUUCUUUGUACGGGUUACAAGUACAGCUUCCCGUUUCUCCAUCAGUCCUGCGGAGUCACAGUCGACAACAAUUUCAUCCAGCCACUGUACAAGCACAUGGUCCAUCUCGAGAAGCCGACGAUGUGUUUCAUCGGCAUACCUUUCAAUGUUUGUACGUUCCAUAUGUUCGAUUUACAGGCUCGUUAUUUCUGUCAACACCUCAACGGGACGAUGGUGCUGCCUUCUACUGAGGAAAUGCGAAUGCAUACUGACCGGGAAAUGCAGUAUCGAUGGGCUAAGGGGUGCUCCAAGAGGCAAGCGCAUAUGAUGGGACAGUAUCAAGAAGAUUACUACAAUGAUUUGGCUGGAGAUGCAAAAACUGCGCCGAUUGCACCAGUUUACGUAAAACUGAGAGACACGAGCGUUAGACAGCUCUAUAAUGAUUUGCUCAAUUUCAGGGAAGAUAGGUAUAAGCUCUUGGAUAGCGAAAACUUCGUCAAAGUUAACUAAAAAAGUUGUGAUAAGUCUAUUUAUUUCCUUGUUUGUUUCUGUACAUUUAAUAGU